AUGGCAGAAUACGCAAAAUCUCCUGCUCGAUUCGUUAACAAAGGAACUAGCUUAACAACCAUAAUGAACGCUGGCUCUGUCCACAUCUAUCUAGAUCUCGCCACAUCCAUCCAUUUCUACCUAUCUAUCAAUCUCGCGUUAUUCACAUCUAUUUACACACCACGCGCUAUUCCCAUCUAUUUAUACACCUCGCGCUAUUCACCUCUAUUUACACACCUCGCGCUGUUCACAUCUAUUUACACACCUUGUGCUAUUCACAUCUAUUUACACACCUCGUUUUGUUCACAUCUAUUUACACGCCUCGCGCUAUUCACAUCUAUUUACACACCUCGCGCUAUUCACAUCUAUUUACACACCUCGCGCUGUUCACAUCUAUUUAUACGCCUGGCGCUAUUCACAUCAAUUUAUACACCUCGUUUUGUUCACAUCUAUUUACACACCUCGCGCUAUUCACAUCUAUUUACACACCUCGCGCUGUUCACAUCUAUUUACACACCUUGUGCUAUUCACAUCCAUUUACACACCUCGUUUUGUUCAAAUCUAUUUACACACCUCGCGCUAUUCACAUCUAUUUACACACCUCGCGCUAUUCACAUCUAUUUAUACGCCUGGCGCUAUUCACAUCAAUUUAUACACCUCGUUUUGUUCACAUCUAUUUACACACCUCGCGCUGUUCACAUCUAUUUACACACCUUACCUCGCGCUAUUCACAUCUAUUUACACACCUUGUGCUAUUCACAUCUAUUUACACAUCUUGUGCUAUUCACAUCUAUUUACACACCUCGCGCUAUUCACAUCUAUUUACACACCUCGCGCUGUUUACAUCUAAUUACACACCUUGUGCUAUUCACAUCUAUUUACACACCACGUUCCUUUCACAUCUAUUUACACACCUCGUGCUAUUCACAUCUAUUUACACACCUCGUUUUGUUCACAUCUAUCUACACACCUCGCGCUAUUCACAUCUAUUUACACAUCUCUCGCUAUUCACAUCUAUUUACACACCUCGUUUUGUUCACAUCUAUCUACACACCUCACGCUAUUCACAUCAAUCUAUACAUCUAG